AUGAAUACUUCAAAGCUUCCUCAGUUCUCAACCAAGUUACCUUCUGUCAAAAAAUGGUCAAAGGAUUUUCGAUACAGAAGUGGAAGUGCGCCUCGAGCAACUAUUGGCUCGCAUGAUAUCGCAGGACUCGGCAUAAAACAGCUAAACCUCCCCAAUGCUCAUAAAAUGACAGCCGUUGAAUUAUAUCCAGGUUUAGGUGCAUGGAGCACAGCAUUAAAAGAUGUUGGAUUUAAACGAGUCAUUUCUCUUGAACCACAAGCUGGAUUAAGUGUGGAAUCAAAUGGUGUUGUAGAAGUGCUGAAAAAAGAUGGUUAUGACUGGGAAACCUAUCAAGAUCUAAAGGACCCCAAGUAUUUGGGUAACUUAGAAAACAAAGAUUGGUCAGAGGUCCAUCCUGAAAUCUUGUUCACUGGCACUAUUCCAAAAGGCAGCCGAGGAGAACAAUUGUUAGCCCAAUUCACACAAUGCAUCAUUACCAAAAUGGCUAUGCACUCAAUAGGACGUAUUCAAAUGGCAUUUUGGUUACCUGACCAACUCUACAAAAAAUUUGUUGCUCCUCCCGCAAAUCAUACUCGUUGUAAGAUGAGUGUGCUUGCAGAAGCAUCAUCAAAUGUCAGCUUAGUAUGCUCUACUGAACCAAAAGACAUGUAUCCUAAUGGCGAAUAUCAUCUUGUUCAUGUAGUUCCAUUCAAAGAAAGCUUGGUGAAAUGCAAGUCUGAAUGGGAUGUGUUUGAAUACGUAUUGAAGCACUUGUUUGUGAUGCAAAAGAAAUCGCUGACUCAUAUGGUCAAGUAA